AUGACUCCCCUCCCUCCUAACCACAUCUUCAACAUGCUCAACACCACCACCACCACCACCAUGACCACCUCUUCUCCGGCCACCAGCCGCCACUUCUUCCCGGAGAUUCAAGUCAUCGAGCUUCUUGCCGCCCUUCUGGUCUUCAUGGUCAUACAUUCUCUCCGCCAACGAAAGAAACACGGCCUACCCGUAUGGCCGUUUCUUGGGAUGUUACCUUCUUUGGUACUCGGUCUUCGUGUUGAUAUGUACGAAUGGAUUUCACAAGUCCUUUGUAGACAAAACGGGACUUUCACAUUCCGGGGUCCGUGGUUUACAAAUCUCAACUGUAUAGUCACUUCCGACCCCCGUAACCUCGAGCACCUUCUCAAAACAAGGUUUCAAGCGUAUCCGAAAGGCCCGUAUUUCCGGAACGCGCUCCGGGAUCUUCUCGGGAAUGGAAUCUUCAAUGCCGAUGACGAGAUUUGGCAGAGGCAAAGGAAGACCGCGAGCAUCGAGUUUCACUCGUCCAAGUUUCGAAACAUGACGACAGAGUCGUUGUUGGAGCUCGUUCACAGACGACUUUUGCCUGUCUUGAACAAGUCUGUAGAUCGAUCCGAGUCUGAUCAGAUCGAUCUACAGGAUAUUCUUUUAAGAUUAACGUUCGAUAACGUUUGCAUGAUCGCUUUUGGGGUCGAUCCGGGUUGUUUAAGUCCCGGACUUCCGGAAAUACCCUUCGCCCAAGCGUUCGAGGCUGCAACGGAAGCAACUAUUCUAAGUUUUGCAGAUGAAGUGAUUAGAACUCGGAAGAAAGAAAUCUCUUUGCUGCAGGCUGAUGACAAGAAACAAAGGUCGGAUCUUUUGACGAUUUUUAUGGGGCUUAAAGACGAUGAGGGGCAGCCUUUUUCUGAUAAGUUUUUACGUGAUAUUUGUGUGAAUUUUAUACUUGCGGGAAGGGACACUUCUUCGGUGGCUUUGAGUUGGUUUUUCUGGCUUCUUGACCAGAAUCCAACAGUGGAGGAGAAGAUUUUGGGUGAGAUAUGUGGGAUUGUGGAUGAAAGGAAAGAUAAGAGUGAAAUGGGGGAUUUGAUAUUUAGACCAGAAGAGGUGAAGAAGAUGGAUUAUCUGCAUGCUACUUUAUCGGAGGCCUUGAGAUUAUACCCUUCGGUACCCGUGGAUCAUAAGGAGGUUGUUGAAGAUGACGUGUUCCCAGAUGGAACAGUGUUGAAGAAAGGAACAAAAGUGGUGUAUGCAAUCUAUGCAAUGGGAAGAAUGGAAGCGAUAUGGGGAAAAGACUGCAGAGAUUUCAGGCCAGAGAGGUGGCUGAGGGAUGGGCGGUUCAUGAGUGAAUCAGCCUACAAGUUCACCGCCUUCAAUGGCGGCCCAAGGCUGUGCUUGGGCAAAGACUUUGCUUACUACCAGAUGAAAUUUGUUGCCGCCUCUAUUUUAUACCGGUAUAAGGUGGUGGUGGUGGAGAAUCAUCCGGUGGCUCCAAAGCUUGCAUUGACUAUGUACAUGCAGCAUGGGUUGAAGGUUAAGCUUUGCAAGCGUAGUGAAUCUGAACUCCAAAUGUAUCAUAAAUACUAAAUGUUU